AUGCUCGAGUGGCUUGACAGCAUUGAGGUUACUUUUAUCAACAGUGAGUGCCCAGAUCAUCUAAAGACUAGGAGUGCGACUAGAAUGUUUCAAGGCAGAGCGUUAGAGUGGUGGUCAAAUGAGAGAAACAUCUGUUCGAAUGAAGAAGCCUACGCUCUUCCAUGGGACGAGGUGCAUGAACUAAUGAUGCUUGAGUUCUGUCCUCCCCAUGAACAGUUGAAGCUUGAAGAAGAGUUUUGGCACUUGAAGCAGAUUAGUGAUGAUAAUCUGGCUUAUACUACUCAAUUUAAGCAGCUCAGUUUGAUCGUUCCUCACUUGGUUCCUUCUCCUAAGCGUACGAUAACCAAGUACAUCCAUGGUCCACCUCCUGCUAUGCGUGAUUCUAUUGAAGCAGCUCAACUAGAAACUAUUGAGGAAGUCUACCAUCUUGCAGCUAGUCUCAACAACAACCGUGUUCGUGAUAAGCAGUUUGCUAACUCUGCUCCCUCCAAAUCUGCUUAUCAAGUUACCCAGCAGCCAAGUGGCAGCAAGAACAAGAGGCGAAAGUCUCAGGGUUCAGGAUGCAAUGCUAUUGUUCCUUCUUCAAAUCCUGCUGCUAAACCUGCUCCUGCUGCUGUUCAGAACCCCACUGUACCUGAAGUCAAGAAGCAGUACUCUGGGCCUUACCCCAAGUGUGUGACUUGCAGCUUUCAUCAUCCUACUAACUCUGCAUGUCGUUUGUGUACGAACUGCAAUCGCUAUGGUCACACGACUCCUUAUUGUCGUCAAGCUAACCCUGCUCAACCAGCUCAGCAAGCCCAGUUCAGGCAGCCCUAA